CGCCCAUGGGCGGUGCGCGCGGGCGGCGGGUAGGCCGGGCAGGGUCACAUGAUGCGGGCCCCGCGGCCCGCCAUAUAAACCCGCGCGCCCGCCAGGCGCUGCGGCGGCACUUGGGGCCGUCCCGGGCCGUGACUCCUCCUUUCCUCCCGCCCCGCCUCCGCUCGGAGAGCCCGCGGGCGGGCGCCUCUUGGCCAGGAAGCGCCUCUUGGACGCGGGUGACCGAUGCCCAGAUUGCACGACCACUUCUGGAGCUGCUCCUGUGCGCACAGCGCGAGGCGCCGAGGCCCCCCGCGAGCCAGCGCCGCGGGGCUGGCGGCCAAGGUUGGGGAGAUGAUCAACGCUUCCGUGUCCGGGCCCUCCCUGCUGGCGGCCCACGGUGCCCCGGACGCUGACCCCGCGCCCGGGGGCCGCAGUGCUGCGAUGAGUGGCCCCGAGCCCGGCGGCCCCUACCCCAACACCUGGCAUCAUCGCCUGGUGCAGAGGAGCCUCGUGCUCUUCUCGGUUGGGGUGGUCCUAGCCCUGGUGCUCAACCUGCUGCAGAUCCAGAGGAAUGUCACUCUAUUCCCCGAGGAGGUGAUCGCCACCAUCUUUUCCUCCGCCUGGUGGGUCCCUCCCUGCUGCGGGACAGCAGCUGCUGUUGUUGGCCUACUGUACCCCUGUAUCGACAGUCACCUCGGAGAACCCCACAAAUUUAAGAGAGAAUGGGCCAGUGUCAUGCGUUGCAUAGCAGUUUUUGUUGGCAUUAACCACGCCAGUGCUAAAUUGGAUUUUGCCAAUAAUGUCCAGCUGUCCUUGACUUUAGCAGCCCUAUCUUUGGGCCUUUGGUGGACAUUUGAUCGUUCCAGAAGUGGCCUUGGGCUGGGGAUCACCAUAGCUUUUCUAGCUACGUUGAUCACGCAGUUUCUCGUGUAUAAUGGUGUCUAUCAGUAUACAUCCCCAGAUUUCCUCUAUAUUCGUUCUUGGCUCCCUUGUAUAUUUUUCUCAGGAGGUGUCACAGUGGGGAACAUAGGACGACAGUUAGCUAUGCUGAUACCCUUCUGUGAGGAGUUGAAUUUGAAGGCCACUUGGCUGUUUCACAAAAACAGAAGUAAUUACAAGGUGUUCCUGAAAAGCCCCAUAGUGAUUGAGUCUUCAAAACCACCGAUUCUGAGAGCGAGGAAGAUUUUGGAAGAAAAUCUGAUUGUGGAUUAUGACAAAGAUUAUCUUUUUUCUUAAAUAAUCUAUUUAGAUCGGGCUGACUGUACAAAUGACUCCUGGAAAAAACUGUUCACCUAGUCUAGAAUAGGGAGGUGGAGAGUAUGACAACUUACCCUGAAGUCUUCCCUUGACUGACUGCACUGGCGCCUGUCUGUGCCCUGGAUCAUUCUGCCCAGGCUGCGUGGGUUCAGGCAGGUGGCAGUUCCCCAGGUAUUAGAUUUCAUUCAUGUGAUUAAAACAAGUUGCCGUAUUUCAAAGCCUUGAACUAAGACUCAAUUACCAACUCUCAGUUUUGUAUCAGUGCCCAAAGGAGGUAGGUUGAUGGUGCUUAACAAACAUGAAGUAUGGUGUAAUAGGAAUAAUAUUUAUCCAAAAGAUUUUUAAAAAUAGGGCUGUGUUUAAAAUACAUAAAUAAAUAAAAAAUAAAAAAAACAACAACAACAAGAAAAGCAGCAGUGAUUAUAGAGAGGUCACACUCUAAGUGGGGUCGCGGUGUGGCCACGCCUUCACGGUCACGCUCGUUCAUCCUGCAGUGGCGUGUUUACAUGGUCACACGUGUGUGUAUCACCAGUGGGCCAACUGUGCUUUUCAUUCCACCCGUGGAAGUUUGUGUAGACAAUCUUACUGAGCAAAAGGCAAUGAAAACUCUUGGUUCCCACACUGCGAUAUAUUGGAAUUUUCACCUCAGUUUCUGAAGUUUAUUUCGAAAUCCAUAAUCACCUAAGAAUGAAUACCUGUCUGCCAUGUAUUUCAAUCUUAGUGAGCCAAAAUUGUUUCCUUGUUACUACAGAAUAUAGAGAUGACUGUUUUUUGCCACAGCCCUAUGGAAUUUGCAAUCUGUGAUUGCCUUGUAAAAAGGAGAGUGCAUAUGUCACUGCAUUAAACAUGUGGUGUUUCUAAAUAGUCAGUGAUAUUGGUGAGCACAAUGUAUUCAUUUAAUGGCAUAGACCAUACCAGACCUAAUUUGCAAGUAUUGGGUCUUAAACUUCAAGUGCAAUGUAUAUGAAAACCAAUCUGAGCCUUGUAUCUCUUAAAUAUUUAUUUCUUUUAACGUGUGAGAUGUUCGAGAGAAGGGUUCUCCAUUCAUUUCAGUGCUGCAUGGAGGAAACUUGGCAAUGAUCUCUUUCAGUUGUGAAGUUCCUUUCGUGUUAUGCCCUCCACUGAACCCUCAACCUUCGAAAUACUCCAGUUUUGUGGGUUUAGUCAUUUUUACUUACAAAUUUACCUUUUUGUAUUUUGCAAUUUACAUGUGUUUGGUUUGUUUUAAAUUCUGUGAAAGUGGCUUGAUUCAAAGACCCCUUUUAAAUGGAAGCCACCAGUCAGCAGAAUGGAAGCUUAGAGGAACUUGCCUGAGCGCUGGUCUUUGUGUUUGGUUUUGUGUAUAUAAUGAUCUUUGCUGGGGUUUUUUGCUUUGUUUUGAGGGAAAUGUCUUGGAGUAAAUUUUAAGUUCCUGGAGCUAAUUUGUUUUAGAGGAAUUUUGUUUUUUUAAAAAAAUAGGAUCAUUCUGAACUUUGGAAUGACCCCCUUAUAUAUUUUCUGAAAAUGAAAACGGUUACAUGAAAAAAAUUUCCAAUGAAGAUGUCAGCAUUUUAUGAAAAACCAGAAGUUAUUAGAUGAAAGCAGUGAGUGAAUCUUUAAAACAGACUUGAUGAUGCACAAACAAUAAGUCUUUCUCUCCGAAACCAGAAGUAAAUCUAUAUCUGUUAGAAAUAAUGUAGCCAAAAAAAAUGUAAAUUUGAAGAUUUUUUUUGCCAAUAGUUUAUAGAAAAUAUAUGAACCAAAGUGAUUCGAGUUUGUAAAAAUGUAAAAUAGUAUGAACAAAAUUUGCACUAUACCAGAUUUGAACAUCUAGUGAGACUCACACUGAUACUAAGUUUUCAACCUUGUGUUCUUUUUGCAUUCAUUUUUUACUUUUAUUAAAGGUUCAAAACCAA